CGAGACCCUGUCUCAAAAAAGAAAGAAAGAAAAAAAAAAAAAAGCCUAUGUGAAACGUCAUCUUCCCACCCCUUCCCUGGAUGGGGCAGGUCAGACAGAAGGAAGGGGUAUGGUACCGUGUGAGGUUGGAUGCCUGCCCCCCGGUGGUGGCUGUAUAGAACUGCAGAUCAGGCAACCUCAACUGGGGCCUUAGGGACUAGUCCCCACCCCACAAAUUGGGUUGAGACACAGUCAUCCCAGAGCUGGACAAGAGGGACGGCUCUUUCUGGGGCCAGUCCCCCUAAAUUGGGGCUCUCGGCUGGGCCAGCUUUCCAAGAAGGGAGCCAGUGUAGUGUGGUGGUUUAGAGUGAAGGCUGAGUCAGACUGGGUUAAAAUUGAAGCUCUGAUCUUGAAGAUUUGCUUAACUUCUCUUUGACUUAGUUUCACCACCUGUAAUAUGAGGAUAAUAGUACAGGCUUCAUAGGUUUAUUGUGAAAUUCAGUGUUACAUCGCCUGUAAGCACAUAGCGCUUUAUCUAUUACAUAGUCAAUGCUCAGUCACCGUUAGCCAGCAGCGGUAGUAAUGGUAUUACUAACCCAGAGGCCCUAGUCUUGUGGCUCAUUGGCUCUGUAGGCCUAUCCCCACCCCUUUAUACACACACACACACACACACCCCACCAAGAAGAGGCAGGGAAGAGGAGGGAGGGACCCCGGGGAUGCUGGCUGGGAGGGGUGGCUCCCUUAGAGGGUUCAGAUUUCCCUCCUACAGCAGCUGGGCUUCUCCAUCAGCUCAAUAACAGUUCCUAAGGAGCAGGCAGGGCUUGCUCCUGGAUGAAGUCCCAGCCAGAAGGAGCCAGCACAGUCCCCCCUCCUCUCCCAAGAAGCUUGGGUCUCUUGACCCCAAAGGCAGCUGCAAUAAGUCCCCUCCCCAGAGAGUCCUGAUGGGGUUAAGUGGCCUUUUUCUGCCUAGGCUACUGUAUCUUAUCCCCCCAUCCCUUGGGCCUCAGUUUCACUGUCUGUGGCCUGUGGGAAGAGAGUGCUUCCCUCCUCACAGUCUCUAUGGCAACCAAAUCGAUAUUGCUGGUAUCCUCCUAGCAGGAGAGGUGAUUGCCUUCUCCUCCAUUAUUCUCAUACAAUUCCAUGCCAAUACAAUGACACAAUGGUAGACCCACCCUCCAAAUUAUACGACACAUCCACCUAACAAACUUCAGACCCACAUCCUACAACCCUACUAAAACACAGGAACCUCACUGCCCGUGCACGCUCACAAAUACUUCAACACACUCCCACACAUGCAGACCAUAGACACCCAGCUCACAUACCCAUAUACGCAAGAGUCAAAAUGCAUAACUGUACGCCAAACACACCUCUGUGACAGGUGCACAGUCAUGUGUAAGCACACACAUAAGAGGAGACAUACACACUCCCAUACUGACAAACAUAGGAAUAUACACACAGGAAAACACCUAGCCACCAUAACAUAUUCUGACCCAUGCAUCUGAUUACUUAUACAUGUGCAGAUGGUGGUUUCUCACACACAUACACACUGCCCUUCCCUGCCUUCUCCCUAAGCUCAGCUCCUCCCUCUGCCCCCUCCCUUUGGCACAGAGUAGCCACAGGAUGUCUAGGGGAAGCACUCCUCAGGGACAGAGGCGGGUCACUGCCCCCUCCCUCCUCUGGCCCAUAUCUUAUCCUGUCCUGGUCCAUAUUCUUUGCACCAAAGGUUCCUGAGGAGGUGCCAGUUCAAAGGCUGAGGUGGCCCUGCAAAGAGGAAGAGGCGGCGGCUGUGGUUGGGAGGCUUGUGGGGCAGAGGCGGGGUGAUGGGGGAGAGGGAGGAGAUCCUAGGAGGAAGAGGGGGAGGGAAGCUGCAGGCAGUCCUACUCAGGCUGGGGAGCCUGAGGGGGAGGUGGUGUGAGGCGGCAAACCAGCGUGUCUGAACCUGGGCCCUGUAGGGGCCAUGCCGUAGGCCCACCAUGAACCUGGAAGGGCUGGAGAUGGUCGCUGUGCUCGUGGUCCUCGCUCUGUUUGUCAAGGUCCUGGAGCAGUUUGGCCUCUUUGAGCCUGUCUCCUUGGAAGACAGCGUGGAGGAUGAAUUUGAAUUGUCCACCGUGUGUCACCGGCCUGAGGGUCUGGAGCAGCUGCAGGAGCAAACCAAAUUCACGCGCAAGGAGUUGCAGGUCCUGUACCGGGGCUUCAAGAACGAAUGUCCGAGCGGAAUUGUCAAUGAGGAGAACUUCAAGCAAAUUUACUCCCAGUUCUUUCCUCAAGGAGACUCCAGCACCUAUGCCACUUUUCUCUUCAAUGCCUUUGACACCAACCAUGAUGGCUCGGUCAGUUUUGAGGACUUUGUGGCUGGUUUGUCCGUGAUUCUUCGGGGAACUGUAGAUGACAGGCUUAAUUGGGCCUUCAACUUGUAUGACCUCAACAAGGACGGCUGCAUCACCAAGGAGGAAAUGCUUGACAUCAUGAAGUCCAUCUAUGACAUGAUGGGCAAGUACACAUACCCUGCACUCCGGGAGGAGGCCCCAAGGGAACAUGUGGAGAACUUCUUCCAGAAGAUGGACAGAAACAAGGAUGGCGUGGUGACCAUUGAGGAAUUCAUUGAGUCUUGUCAAAAGGAUGAGAACAUCAUGAGGUCCAUGCAACUCUUUGACAAUGUCAUCUAGCCCCCAGGAGAGGGGGUCAGUGUUUCCUGGGGGGACCAUGCUCUAACCCUAGUCCAGGUGGACCUCACCCUUCUCUUCCCAGGUCUAUCCUUGUCCUAGGCCUCCCUGGGGGCUGGAGGGAUCCAAGAGCUUGGGGAUUCAGUAGUCCAGAUCUCUGGAGCUGAAGGGGCCAGAGAGCGGGCAGAGUGCAUCUUGGGGGGUGUUCCCAACUCCCACCAGCUCUCACCCGCUUCCUGCCUGACACCCAGUGUUGAGAGUGCCCCUCCUGUAGGAACUGAGUGGUUCCCCACCUCCUACCCCCACUCUAGAAACACACUAGACAGAUGUCUCCUGCUAUGGUGCUUCCCCCAUCCCUGACUUCAUAAACAUUUCCCCUAAAACUCCCUUCUCAGAGAGAAUGCUCCAUUCUUGGCACUGGCUGGCUUCUCAGACCAGCCUUUGAGAGCCCUGUGGGAGAGGGACAAGAAUGUAUAGGGGAGAAAUCUUGGGCCUGAGUCAAUGGAUAGGUCCUAGGAGGUGGCUGAGGUUGAGAAUAGAAAGGCCUGGACACAAUGUGAUUGCUCAGGCAUACCAGGUUAUAGCUCCAAGUUCCACAGGUCUGCUACCACAGGCCAUCAAAAUAUAAGUUUCCAGGCUUUGCAGAAGACCUUGUCUCCUUGGAAAUGCCCCAGAAAUUUUCCAUACCCUCCUCGAUAUCCAUGGAGAGCCUGGGGCUAGAUAUCUGGCAUAUCCCUGGCAUUGCUUCCUCUCCUUCCUUCCUGCAUGUGUUGGUGGUGGUUGUGGCAGGGGAAUGUGGAUAGGAGAUGUCCUGGCUGAUGCCUGCCAAAGUUUCAUCCCACCCACCCUGCUCAUCGUCCCUGUUUUGAGGGCUGUGACUUGAGUUUUUGUUUCCCAUGUUCUCUAUAGACUUGGGACCUUCCUGAACUUGGGGCCUAUCACUCCCCACAGUGGAUGCCUUAGAAGGGAGAGGGAAGGAGGGAGGCAGGCAUAGCAUCUGAACCCAGUGUGGGGGCAUUCACUAGGAUCUUCAAUCAACCCGGGCUCUCCCCAACCCCCCAGAUAACCUCCUCAGUUCCCUAGAGUCUCCUCUUGCUCUACUCAAUCUACCCAGAGAUGCCCCUUAGCACACUCAGAGGGCAGGGACCAUAGGACCCAGGUUCCAACCCCAUUGUCAGCACCCCAGCCAUGCUGCCAUCCUUUAGCACACCUGCUCGUCCCAUUCAGCUUACCCUCCCAGUCGGCCAGAAUCUGAGGGGAGGGCCCCCAGAGAGCCCCCUUCCCCAUCAGAAGACUGUUGACUGCUUUGCAUUUUGGGCUCUUCUAUAUAUUUUGUAAAAUAAGAACUAUACCAGAUCUAAUAAAACACAAUGGCUAUGCA